AAAGGCCUCCGUAGAGUUUUGUUUGUUUUGGGGAAACGUUUGCCUGCUUGAGUUGAAAGUUAUGCUGUUGUAAAAUGACGACUUUUAUGAGCGAAACUUUCGCCUAAAAUGUCAAGUCUGUGCGACCACGUGAAAUGGUAAACUUGAAAUGAUUAUUUUAAAAAGUAAUAAUUACGUUUAGCCUGCUCACGUCAAAACAGCAACAAGAAGGACAUAUCCCGUCUAGCAAACAAUUGAAAAGUUUGCUUUUUGAGAAGCAGAGCCGCUUUAAAGUUGUGAGAGUUGGACUUUCCUAUUGGACAGAAGGGCCAGCUUUCCCGCACGUCCGUUUAUGCAAAUCCGCCGAGCCCGAAUAAGGACACGGAGGAAUGAAACAUGGUGGCGGAGGCCAACAUGGAGGAGCGAGCACCGUGAGAGCGCCGCCUUUGUAAGCCACUAAGCGGGGAACUCUUUGGACCAAACGCGGAUGUGCUGAGCUCCCGGAGGCGCCUCCUUUCUUCAGCCGUGCAAAGUUUGCUCUUCACGCCGAAGUCGAGCUGCGCCUGUGAUGCGGUGAGAAGCGGCUGUUUUUUCCCGGAGGGGGGCGAGAGACGACGCAGGGGCGCCGGGCUGGAGCCCUCGCCCUCGCCCUCGCAGCGGCCCGCCGCGAUGCCGUGGCUGUGCGGCGGAAAGCGGAGGGAGAGCUCCGAGCUGCCGCUGCCCGCCGGAUGGGAGGAAGCCCGAGAUUACGACGGAAGAGUGUUCUUUAUCGACCACAACACCCGGCAGACUUCAUGGAUCGACCCCAGAGAUAGGAUCACCAAGCCGCUGACCUUUGCGGACUGUGUUGGAGAUGAGCUUCCUCUCGGUUGGGAGGAGGUGUACGACCAGCAAAUAGGAGUUUACUACAUUGACCACAUUAACAAAACCACCCAAAUUGAGAACCCGCGCACCCAAUGGCGGCAGGAGCAGGAGCGCAUGCUGAAGGAGUACCUGGUGGUGGCCCAGGAGGCCCUCCGAGCCAAGAAGGAGAUGUAUCUGGUCAAGCAGCAGCGCCUGGAGCUGGCCCAGCAGGAGAUGCUGCUGUUUCAUGAGCUCUCGGAGGACAGCCGCUCCAUCGCUAGUGCAAUCUCCGGCUCGUCCUCCAACGCGAAAUACGACCCCGACCAAAUCAAAGUGGAAGUGGCUUGUCGACGAGAGCGGCUCUCCAGACUGAAGCAUGAACUGGCCCAGGUGAGGCAGGAACUGCAGUUCAAGGAAAUGGGCGUGGAGACCCUACAGGAAAUCGACAGGAAGAUGUCGUGCAGCCAGACCAACUACAAGCUGGACGAGGCUCAGGCCAUCUUCAGCGAGCUGCGCAGCAUCAAGAAGGCCAUCAGCACAGGCGAGAAGGAGAGGCAGGACCUCAUCCAGACUCUGGCCAAACUGACAGUGAACUUCCAAAGCAGCUUGUGCGACUCAGCCGGCGAGGUGGCCAACAACAGCACUGGAGCAGCGGCGGGUGAGCCGUGCGGUGCGCAGCAGCAGUACUGCGACACUGGCUGCCAGACGGACAUCAUGGGAGAGUACGCCGUGCAGGACUCCUCCCACCUGGUGGACAAAGUUAAACUCAACUGGCAGUACGAGGAGGCCAAGAAGAAGGUGCAAAGCAUUCAGCACCAGCUAGCCCAGCUGGAUAGCGAGAGCUGGUCGGGCCGGGCUGAGGCGGACCGCGAUCGGGACUUCCUGCAGCUGCUGCGCGAGAAGGAGGCUCUCCUGCAGGAGAUCAUCCUGGUCAGCCAGCAGCAGCACUCGCCUGAGACGCUGCUCCAGCUGGAGGAGGAGCGCCGCCGGCUAGAGGAGGAGGUGCAGCGGGCCCAAAGCACGCAGAGCCAGGGAGCCAAUCAGAGGAUCCUGCAGCAGGAGAAGAGGAACGUCCUGCUGAGACAACUGGAGGAGGCCACGCGCAUCACCACCUACCUUCACUCGCAACUGAAGAGCCUGUCGGCCAGUUCUCUGACUGUGUCAUCCAGCAGUAGCCGAGGCUCGCUGGCAUCCAGUCGCGGCUCACUCGCGUCCAGCCGAGGCUCGCUCAGCUCCAUCAGCUUCAGCGACAUCUACGGCGUCCCCCAGUUUGAGCGCCACGACGCGGCGGCGGAGACACUGGACCCCCACUUGCGCUACCUGCUGCCUCCGGAGGCUGCCGUGUCCAGAGACUGCUCCUUGUACGCUCAGGAGCCGCCGGGCCAGAGCAAAGCCAAGCGCUCCCACGACACGCCCCAGUCUCUAGCCUCCUUGUCAUCCCGUUCCUCACUCUCCUCGCUGUCGCCGCCCAGCUCCCCCUUGGAUACGCCCUACCACUGCGCCCCCCAGGACUGCCCUCUCACCCAGAUGACGGAGGAGUACAUGGAACAGGCAAGCCGCGGGCUGUUGGAGGGUCUGCGUGGGCAGUCGCAGCUGCCAUCACACGCCGCCAUGUUGUGUGGUGACGACCCUGGCGCCCUCGCCACAGUGCAUCCUGCAGAUGGAAAAAACCACAGAGACGCCACGUCUCAGGGUGCUUUUACCGGAGUGACUCUCAGGGGGAACAGCGCCAACAGGAGCAGCAGGAGGUCCAGGAGAGUCUCUGCAGGCGUCUCUGAGGACGCUCUGGCCACAGACAGUGGGGUCUUUGAGGCCUGGGGCAGGAGGGCAGAGGAGUCUGAGGACAUGUCCUUCAUGAAGGAGCAAGCUUCCCUGAGCGAGCCCCCGCUGAUCCAACUGGGACUCCUGUGGGAAUCCACGUCUCAGUCUCUUCGUCUUCAUCUGCUCCAGCUCAAGAACCUCAGCAGGUCCGUCGUAAGGGACGGAUACAAAGUCUUUGUGAAGGUGCACCUGAUCCCGCUGGACGCGGGCCGGGCCUGCGCUUUCUACUGCUGCACGGCGCUGGAUCCACAGCCGCAUAUGAGCUUGAACGAAGGGUUCCGGGUCCCUGUCCCCGCCGACGCUUUGGCAGUGUGCACCUUGCAGCUGUCCCUCUGCUCGCUGGGUCCGCAGGCUCAGGAGGAGCUCCUGGGGAGAGCGCAGUUGAGCCUGGUGGACUGUGAGGGGAGCACAGAUAUGGUUUACCACUGGCUGAGGGUCCAGACGUUCAGUGGGGUGGCCGAGUCUCAGAGGCCUGAUCUGAGGAGCCUUGGCCAGCGGCGGCAUCACGAAGGGCCGGAGGACGAACACAGGCCCAGAGCUGCGGAGAGCGUGUGCACACUGCUUUCCCGUACCAGUGCCAGCCUGGAGGAGCGUGAUGCAGACCUGCUGAGGCUGCAGAAACGGGAGGAGCCAGGGGCGGCGACGUCUGAAAGGAGCUGGCAAGCCGAGUCGGUGGACAGCGGCUGCAGCAACAGCGCAGUGUGCACAGUGCCGUGCUCGGAGGGUCUCUGUGUCGCCACUGGAGGGCGCUGUGAGCAGCCGUCUAGCAAAAUUGCUCCAGUGAAGGUGGAGAAGGCCACCAUGACGGAUGGGCACUUUCCAGAACCUGUGCGAGUGCGACCCAAAGAGAGGGGCGGCCGCUGGGGUUACGCCUCGCCGUUCAUGCGGGGCAGCACCAUCGUUCGCUCACAGACCUUCACUCCUGGCGCUCGCAGUCAGUAUGUCUGCAGGUUGUAUCGCAGCGACAGUGACAGCUCAACUCUACCAAAGAAGUCUCCUUUUGUCCGAAACACUUUGGAACGAAGAACGCUGCGCUAUAAGCAGCAGUCUUACCGCUCCUCCCUGGCCGAGCAGCCCACACGAACCUCCCUGGACCUGGAGCUGGACCUUCAGGCCUGCAGGACGCGCCAGAGGCAGCUGAUGGAGGAGUUGAGUGCCCUGAGGGAGCUGAAGCUGCGACUGGAGGACCCGCAGGCCAGCGAGGCCAGCGAGCUGCCCCACUGGGCCCUGAGAGACGAACGCUUCCGCCACCUCCUCAGGGAGGCCCACAGACAGGCGAGUCAAAGCAAGCAGGAGCAGCGGCAGGAGGAGGAAGCCGGGAGGAGGCUCAGGAAGGCCUCCAAAGAAGUUCGACAGAUGAGGGGGCAGAGCCACAAGGAACCCCUUCCUGUUCAGACAUUCAGAGAGAAGAUGGCGUUCUUCACCAGACCAAGGUUCAACAUACCUCCUUUGCCGGCUGACGAUGUGUGACAGCUUCUCUGCAUCACGCGACUCCGCAUGAAGUAUUUGUGCUACUUUCUUUAUUUUCUCUGACCCCCCUCUCACACACACACACACACACACACACACACACACUCAAGUCGUGAAGUGUUUGUGGCCAGCAGGCAGCAAAAGAAGGCGUUGAAACAGGUUAAAAAAAAAAACCCAAGACAACACUCGCUCACUGUUGAUGAAGAAAGUCUUUCAUUCCUGUUGGAGUGUCUUCUGUUUGCCAGACGGGAACAAAACUUCACCGUACUGUAACUUAUUUUAUAGUACUUUUCCUUGAAGGAAAUAGAAAGUAAAGAGAAACCCCCAAAUAAAACUGCUUCCUGCUUUUUAAGUGUAUUUUGUAGCUUUGAACAAAUAGCACUUGAGCGUUUUUACUUAUCCUCAUUCUUAAAAGAAAUGUAUUUACAUCCAACGUCACUUUGUAAUCCACUUUUACUACGGAUGUGUUUUUGUGAUUCAAAUUAAUAUUAUUUCAUGUACUUUUCCAUAUACGGAUGAAACACUGUAUUCACGUUGUUGUUGUUGUUUUCUAACGAAGUCUGUAUGAGCAUCUGCAGUGUUGCCUCUUGUGAAAAUAAAAGCAUUCGAGCACUC